AUGGCAAGAGCUGGAUUGAUGAACAUUGAAGUAGCUAUGUUGAGAUUUGUUGGUAGCUAUGAAGAUGGCAGGCAAGUUGGGGACGGAGGUUCAACUGAAGUCUUCCAAGCAUCAUUUUUUGGACUUUUGAAUAAGGAUCUUGCGAUUGUUUGGUACAUUCGCAUCUCAACAUUCACCCGCCAACUCGUCACAAGAUUCUUUCAAAAUUGGACUUUCGGGUAUACGUUUAAAAUUUUCUGUACUCACAGCUUAGCACUGAAGAACACGGCUGUCUUAAGAUUUGAUGGAUUCAAUUUGUGUGGUCUUCAUAAGAAAUCAUCAUCUUCAGACGUCCUGGAGUUCGUAGCGUUCAACUUCAGCGAACGAACGAACGAACAACCUUCUCCGACGAACAACCAUCUCAAGUGCUUAGAAAUAAUUCCACAGACCAUCCAAACCAGCCAGCCAGCCUCUGAUAAUGUACAGUGUGACCUGAAGCACAUUAGGAUUGCUCCUUGA